GGGGCUCGGGAAUGCCGCGGCGCUGGUGGAGGCGCCGGGUUUGGAGCGAGCGGCGGGCUGAGCUCGCGUGCAUCCUGGGCGCCGCUCCGUUUCGACGAUGCGCCCGGCGCUGCGCGCGCUCCAGCUGCUCCAGCUGCUCCAGCACCUAGAUCUCGCCAGCGGCCAGACGGGGGAUGGUUGUGGUCACUCGACGCUGACGCCUUACAGUGGGACUCUGACCUCCAAGAACUACCCCGGCACUUAUCCCAACUUCACGUCUUGCGAGUGGAAGAUCCACGGAGCUGCGGGGAGCUACCUCAGCUUGAUCUUUGGAGACGUGGACAUUGAAGCCUCGGAGCAAUGCAAAUCCGGCUUCCUACUGCUCUCUUCCCCAUCGGAUGGAACCCACUUCGGUAAGGACAACCGUUUGACUUCUUGGUGUGUAACUUGUUCUCUCUCUUCCUCUCUCUCUCUCUCCCCAGGCCCAUAUUGUAGCAAUUCAAAUCCUCCACGCACAGUCCUGGUGAUGGACUCCGCCUCAGUGACCAUCCUGUUCAACACAACAACACAUCGCUCGGGACGUGGCUUCCUCCUUUCUUAUGCCAGUGGCAACCAGUCAGAUUUGAUCUCCUGUUUGCAGAAGGGAAUCCAUUAUGAGAAGGAACAAAUCAGAGUUUACUGCCCUGCAGGCUGCAAAGGAGUAACGGGAGACAUCUGGGGCAACACGAAUCAAGGCUACCGAGAUACAUCUGUUAUUUGCAAAGCUGCUGUCCAUGCCGGCGUAAUCUUAGAUGAGCAAGGGGGACAGGUCACUGUGUCUCGAGAGAAGGGUAUCACUCUCUACGAGUCAACCUUUGCCAAUGGACUUUACUCAAAAAGGGGAUCUUUAUCUGAAAAACGCCUCAUCUUUCACAAAGCCUGCUCCAGUUUCCUGGAAGUAUCUGGCUUCAACGCUUCAUCCUACUGGCACGAACAGAACGUCAUGGGGGAGAACAAGGCCUGGAUAGCAGAGCAAGCCUCUUUCGGUGCCGACGGCACUUCCUGGGCAGCACUUCAGAGCUCUGCAGAUGAGUGGUUGGAAAUAGACUUGGGUGGAAAGAGGAACAUCACAGGGAUCAUAACUAAGGGAUCGUCUCACAAGCACGACUACUACGUCAAGUCCUACCAAGUCCUCUCCAGCAGGGAUGGAAAGAACUGGAAGGUCUACAAAUCCAAUGGUGGUCAUGAGGAGAAGGUCUUCGAAGGAAAUAAAAACAGCCACGAAGAAGUCUCCAACGCCUUCAUCCCCCCAAUCCUGGCCCGCUACCUGCGCAUCGUGCCCCACAGCUGGAACCAGAGGGUCGCUCUGAAAGUGGCGCUUCUGGGGUGCCAAGUGGCUCGCCUGAAGUCCCAGCACCCUUAUAGCGACGGCGGAUGUAAGGAGGGGUGGGGCCGGCUGUAUGUUUGGUUCUUGGAAAGACGAUUUAUUUAUUUGUGGGUUUUAAUGGGGUUUGUAACAUUUCAUACAUUGUAUAAGGCCGUCACAAGUCAAGGCCGACCAAGCAGCUCCUGGUGGUGGCGGCGGCGGCACCGCCAAGGCCUGGAGCCGGAGGUUGACCUAUGUCCCCUGAAGCUCUACCCCUUUGCAGUUCGCAGUGGCCCCAAGGAGUCCCCUCUCCUGACCAGCAGCCCAGCUGUUUUCACCCGAAUCCCAGGAAUAGUGAUCAAUUCGGAAAAAACAGGGCCCCCAUUGCUGGUGAUGCUGCUGAUUGGAGGCUUUGUGCUCAUCUCCUCCGCUCUCUUGCUGCUGGUUUUCCUCUGUCGUAAGAAGAGCAGAAAGACACCAGCAGAUCAGGAUUGCAACCUCAUAAAAGGCUUCCCGACAUCAGAGGCCAGCCAGGUGUGUCCCAGAGGGAGCCUGCAGUUGUCCACCUCGGAAAUCGCCUCGUUCCCUAGGUCUGGAACACCAGUAGAUCUCAGCAGAGCUCAGUCUCCAGAAUACGCCGAGCCAGAUGUGGUCCAAGUUAGCCCCAGUACCCAGUCCAUCCCGUCCACAUUCAAGCCGGCUCUGGACGAAGGCUACACGCUCCCCCUGGUGGUGAAUCACUACGAUGUGCCAGGAAAACACCACGAGUACGCAGAGCCCUUGCCACCUGAGCCAGAGUAUGCCACCCCCUUCUUAGAUCAGUCUCCUCCUGCAGAGCCGGAAGGAGGCGCGUUCAGGAAGAACGUCUGCGUCAUCAAAGUCAUCUCUUCUCCCCAAAGCCAGGCAGGACCCCUGGUCUCGCCGGUCUGCCCAGAGGCCCUGGCGCAAUACGACUCGCCUGCUCAACGGCUGGCAGAGAAGCCAGAGGGCAAAGCGGACGAGGCUGGCUUGCAGGAGGGACCUGCCCAAACCGGCACCAUCUACACGGAGCCUCAUGGCAACCGGACUCUGAGCCCGAGAGAUGAACGCCCUCCAGCGCAACCAGCUACCUCUCCGCAGAGCCACUGCUUCCAGAUCACAGACUCCCCACUCACACACGUCUAUCAUGAGCCCUUGUGAGCAGCACAGAAAGGAUCUUCUGGUGCCCAGGCUGCUAGGAAAGAGGUGGAUUUUUGCAGAGCAUCUUCAGGUCAAGGGCGUAGGAAAGCUUUAAUCAGGCUCUCUGUCCAUCUAGCCCAAUAUUGUCUACACUGACCGGCAGCAGCUCUGAAGCAGAGAUCUUUCCUAAUGCUUGCCACCUGAUCCUUUUUUUAAAAUUGACUGAUGUUCUGGGACCUUCUGCGUGCAAAGGGCUUGCUUCACUCCUGAACUGUGGUCCUUCUUGCAGGAAAAACAUAGCACUCUUCCUCCCACCAGCAAAGGAAAAUUAAUUCAUUUUUCCCCAUGCUCAACUCCUAUGGAGCCUGGGCAAGCUUUCAAUUCCAGGGGGCUUGACUGGGGUUCCCUCUUACUUUAAUUUAGCAAAUGCCUCUGGCUUAUCUUCAUUAGGACUUGAAGGAACCAGUCAGGUAUUUGGGUAGAGGGUUGAAAAAUUGCAUUCAUAUGGUAACAUUUAUUCUCACUGCUCUGCAGUUGCAAUUACUUUUUGUGAAUAACAGAUAUAUAAUAUAUAUACAUGUUGUGACAUGAGGUUCCCAGGAGGAAGAACAGAGCCACCGUAGCUCCCUGAUCCUCCAUCACAUUCCCUUAUUAAAAACUUGAAGGCAUUUCGCAAACCAAA